AUGUCGGCUGCUGAGCGGUUCCUUUACGAGAGCGCAAUAAACGACCUCGCGAAGACGGUCUAUGGGGAUGGUGACCUCCAACACGGGAUGGUGCAAGCCCCGACCGAUACGACCAAUGCAGCAACCACCGCCGACGGAACCCCAAACGGAGCCAGUGAAGGAUCGCUCCCAACUCCAUCCACCGCCCAGCACCAACCACCCCACCGACGACGCAAACCUCCAAGCCGCCUCCUCAUCUUCGAUUUCGACUCGACCCUCUUCCGCUCCCCGAUGCCCAACCCCGAUCUCUGGUCCGACCAACUUCGCGGCGCCCUGAUAGGCGACUGCGGCUGGUUCCAGGACCCGCGAACGAUGCAGCCGCCCUACGUUCCCGAUAUCCCAGAUGCAAGCUGGUACCAUUCUGAGACGGUGGCCGCCGUCUUUGCGGGUAUCGCGCGACGGGACGAGGACACCCUAUGUGUUUUGUUAACUGGACGGAGACACGACCGGUUUGGAGAGCGGAUCAAACGCAUAUGUCAGGUGCAUCACCCGCCACUGGAAUUCGAUCUGUUCUUCUUCCGCGAAGGGCACGACCCCGCGAAAGCACCACUGUACCAUGCAACAACGCUGGAUUUCAAACUGGCCGUGCUGGACAGCCUUUUCACGGCGUUCCCGAGCAUCACACAUGUCGAGAUCUACGAUGAUCGCAAACGGCAUCUAGAUCUGUUUGCGAACCGGUUGAGGAGUCUGAGUACGAAGGGGAAGCUGCGGUCUUUCGCGGUGCAUCAUGUUGUGCAUACGAACAAGUCGGCGAAAUAUAUGCCGGAGGACAGUGAGAAGGAGCUGGUGAAGGAGUUGGUGGCGAUAUGCAAUGGCCGGAUUUUGGCGGCGAAACGGAGGGAGGAGGAUGCGCAUAAACAGCAGCGGGGUGGUCGAGGUGGUGAAGGUGACUGUGAUGGGUCGAUGUCACGGACGAGCAGCUGCGCGAGCCAGGCCUCCUUGACGGAUUGCAGCGAUGACAACGUUGCAAACAGAGAAGACAAACAACCCCUCACGACACGAGCCUCCACCUCCUCCCCAACCCCCUUCUGCAAACUCCAACGCCGAACAAGCGCCUCCCUCUUCCGCACAAUGCUCGAACUCGUCGACCAAAUCAAAUACACCGCCAUCCUCCUCGACCCAUCCAGCGUCACGAAACUCACCACCGCAUUCCCGCCACCACACUCGGACGCCGUCACCAAAUACCACCACGUCACAAUCAACCUCGGGCCCGCUAAACCCCACCUCGUCGACCCAUUAGGCGGUCUAGGCGCACCCGUCACAGUUCGUGUCAUAGCACACGGCACCCUCCCCGAUAAGGUCACCGCCGUGAAAGUCGAGCACGCGCACGACCCGACCCUCAAACUCUCUGAAAACGAUACCCCACACAUCACUCUCCACGUCCGCACCGGCGGCAAAGCAGCCGAUAGCAACCUCAUCGCCCACUGGGACCCCCUCUCCGAACCGUUCACACUCACCGGCCACAUUACCCAAAUCCACAUCACAGGCCUCAACACCGACACUCCCACCCCCCAAAAGAAGAAAGAGGUCUCGAUCGGCGACCUCGUCAAGAAACAUCAUCCGGGGUUGCAAGGAAGGCAGAUUGGACAGGCGGUCGCGCAUGUGAGCGAGUGGAUGGAGAAGGGGUUUAUGGAGAAUUUGAGCAGUAAUAGGGCUUACAUUGAGUGGUAUAUACAGGGGAUGGAUGUGGGGAAGGUGGGGACUACGACACGGCGGAGGGAAGCUGAGAGGGAGGUGGGGAGGGAGGGCGGUGGUAUGGCAGCGGCGAUGGGAGACAAGGUGGAGAGCCCUGUAUCGUCGUGA